GAUUUCAAAAAAUAUUAAAUAUUAUUUCUUAAAUACAAACAAUAGUCAUUGUAGACUAUUUUGUUCAAACGGCAUACAAAACCCCUCAGAGCUUCCGGUAAGCCCUCCGAGUCCUCUUCCCAGCCUCCUCACCCACCAUCGCUGACACAACUGCCAGAAUGUAACUUCUAGUUUUAAUAGUUCACUCCCUUGGGACAUCUGUGGCCCAGCUGGGUCACCACGGACCAGAUUCCUACCAGGAUACAUGAUCAGGUAUGUCUAUCUAGUUCAAUCUCCUGUUCCAAAGUGGAAGAAAUUCCUCUGUGGGUUUAAAACCAAUCUUCUCCUAUUAUAGGUGUGGGUGUGACAAGGAGAGUUUUUUUAUGGGGGCUUGUGUGUGUGAGAAUCAGUUUACUUUGCCAAUCUGUCUUCAUCAGCAGUCUUGAACUGUUUGCUCAGCCUUGUCUCAGAGAAAGCUCAUGGCAGUCUGGAAUUCAACCUCAGGGCAAAGUUCUCCCCUCUUGCUGACACACUGCACAGCCAACUGCGACCAGAAGAUCCAGUUUUGAAGUUUCUGAACCUGGGUCUUGGAUGCAUUCGGCUGUCUAUACUGUGGCGGCUUCAGUGCAGACACUUCAAACAAAAUAAUGGAGCCCCAAAGACAGAGCACGAAGACAGAGCUGCCGUUGUCCUUAGGAAGGUUCCACAUCUCAGAAGAGUACGGCUUUCUUCUUCCAAACCCUCUGAUGCCUCUCCUGAACUGCCGGUUCCUUAAGGGUCACCGGGAACAGCGCCUGGCCCGCUUGGUCCUGAGCGCCAUCACCAUGGGUUACGUGUGGCAGGAAGGAGACGCGCGGCCGGAAGAGUUUCUGCCGAGAAAUCUUGCCCUGCCCCUGGUGGAAGUCUCCAGUACCUUGGGGCUCCCUCCUAUCCUGGUGCACGCAGACCUGGUGCUGGCGAACUGGGCCAGAAGGAACCCGGCAGGACCCCUGGAAAUCAGGAACUUGGAGGUCAUCAUCUCAUUUCCUGGGGGAGAGAGCCUUCGUGGUUUUGUGCUGGUGACAGCUUUGGUAGAGAAAGCAGCAGUGCCUGGGAUUAAGGCUCUCGUUCAGGCCGUGAAUGCCAUCUCCCAGCUCAGCCAGGACGCGCUGCUCCAAGCCCUGCAGCAACUGAGGCUCUCCAUUCAGGCCAUGACCACAGCCUUGGGACAAAUGCACGAUUAUGUAGAUCCAGACGUAUUUUAUGCAGUCAUCCGGAUAUUCCUCUCUGGAUGGAAAGAUAACCCAGCAGUGCCUGCAGGGCUGAUGUAUGAAGGUGUCUCCAAGGAGCCUCUGCAAUACUCUGGAGGGAGUGCGGCUCAGAGCACAGUGCUUCACGCCUUUGACGAGUUCCUGGGCGUUCGUCACAGCAAGGAAAGUGCUAACUUUCUGUGCGGGAUGAGGGACUACAUGCCUCCUUCCCAUAAGGCCUUCAUAGAAGAAAUCCGUAGGGCUCCAGCCCUGAGGGAGUUCGUCUUGUCCUCGGGAGGCCGACACCUCCUGGCAGCCUACAACCAGUGUGUGGAGGCCCUGGGAGGUCUGCGGAGCUAUCACAUCACCAUGGUGACCAGAUACCUCAUCACGGCUGCAGCCAAAGUGAGGAGCCGGAAGCUGAGCCCUCUCCCAGGGCUACCUCAGGCUUUAGAAGAAAGGGGGACGGGUGGAACUGCAGUUCUGAGGUUCCUAAAGAGCGUCAGGGAUACAACCUUAGAGGCCAUCCUUCAGCCAAGUGGAAUGUCACGUUCUCCUGGUUGUGAGCUGUCGGGUUCACAAAGGAGAGCUGACACGGCCAGACACUCCUGUUUCCUAGCUGAUCCCCGCAGAACAGCAGACAGUUUGGAUACCUCCUUAUUCAGGAUCCCACAAAGAACCCUCAAGUUCCCAUCAUGCCACUUGGAAAAACAUUUGACUGGGUCCUACAUCCUCUGGGAGUAUUUGGACACGAUAAGAGAGCACCUGGCUAGAAGCCACAGCAACCAUCUUCACUCUCCAGUGCCACGGGGAAAAGAGAGUUCCAGACCCUGUCAACUCUCCGAGGCCCUUGAUGAGAAGACAGGACCCGGAAUCUUCCACAGGGAGAGAUCCUCCCAUCAUCUAUUCCCCAGGGCUUGGCCUGGUGAAGACAGAGGUGGGCAGGACAGGACCAAAACUUCUUCUUAGAGACACUCCCCCAGGCUCUGUCUCUGUGUCUUCUCUGACUCACAGACAGCGAAUCUUUUCCUGUCUGAGUGGCCAAGGGAGACCACUGGGCUCGACGGCGUCUUCUCUGCCCACAGCUGAGGUCAGAGCCUCUGCUCAAAGGCUUAGGCUCCACGAAGCACUUGCUGUCCUUGUGCUGUUUCUUAAAAAGUUUAUUUUGAAUCCAUAAAAGUGAGCAAACAUACAUAUUUUUUGCUUUUAAUUUGCUCUGCCCGGACGAUCUCUGCCUGGACUGCAUGUGGGCUGUGGCCCAAGGAUGCUGGCUCAGACGGGAAAGAAGCCACAUCAUCCUUCUCUGCCAUUUGCAGGUGAAAGGGCGUGGCCUUUACAGUGAGACCUGCAUUUGAAUUCUCACUCUCCCUUUUUUUAACAAUGUGGCUUUUGACAAAUUUUGGAAAGUCAUUAAUCCCCAGCUUCCCAUCUCUUAUAAAAAUCUAGAUGAUCUGAAGGUUCUGGGGGUGCAUAUGGAUAACAGACAGGAUUGUGCCUGCAACAGAGGGUAAAAAAAAUCACAAAAUCAUGUUUGGUUGUGAGAUGAGGGUCGGAGUACAGAUAUCAGUUCAAGAGGGAAACUGUGUCCUUCAAACUUUUUGCAGUCACCAAGUCUGCACAGAAACACAAUAAACAUUUGUCACGUGAGAAUGCUGAGAAGGGGACACAGAUGGAGGUGUGGGCUUACAGAGCCAGGAAACCUGGGCUUGUCCUCCAGCUUUGUCCCAUUUUAUACUCACAGACAUGUUAUUUAAUCUUUCAGAGCCACAAUUUACUUAAUUGUAAACGUAGGAAUCGCAUAAUUACCAUGUGGGGCUUAGUGGUGGCUUUCGUUCCUCUGUCCGUGUCCCUGAAUGGAAAGGAAUCAUAUGUGGACUCCUAGGAACCAAUGUGGAAGUUGGAUCUGGCUCUCUACCUCCCCACACUCGAUAAGAAUAUGGGACAAAAUGACCCCAAGAAUCUGGGUUUUUCUUGAAAUCACAUAGGCAUGUGCGGUAAUGACAAGGGCCUUUGAGAACGUGUGAAAGGCUGCCAGGGUCGUUUCAGGUUUUAAAUCUUGACCUGCACUAGAUGGAGGCCCCUUUGUCUCUCACGGUAACAGGUGUCCCACAGAAUCGUCAUUGGUUGACUUUCAACAGAUCUAAGUCACUCAGACCACAGAGCUUGAUGUGGAAUUUCCAAUAAAUAUUGAACAAAAUGGAAAACUGGACAUAUUAAAUGGGUUAGGAGGAGAAGUACAUGAAGUUUCAUCUUUCAAAGGCUUCGGAGUAUGUUUUAUUUGCUGUCAUCACAUCUCACACAGCAGGGAAUAAAAGAAACACAGGCCCUUAUGCUCUUCCUACUGAAUGACAAUGAAGAAAUGAACCCAGUUCAUGUGUUAGGUGUGAUUUCUUGGACGAGGGGCGUCUAUCCUCAGCUUUAUGGU